AUGCCUGCCGUCUAUCCAUCCUUGCGCACCGAGUCCGACACAGGAAAAGGCUACGGCCAAUCAGCCAGCAUCAACUUUGUGAUUGGCUCCAGGGUCUGCGAUAGUCUGCAACCACCGGCCGGUGCGGCACGCAUGUCUAUCACUGCGGACGUUCCUUCCGUUGCAGACAGAGACGCACGGCAAAAGCAACACGGUUGGAACGCCGCGCCUGCUAAAUAUGACAGCGCCAGACCGGCGCCUCAUCCAUAG